CAACACGAUUGACGAAAGGAAAUUCCAUCACCGCCAUCAUGGGAAGCUGUGGAGCUUGGUUCGAAAUGACGCAGAAGAACAAACCGCAAUCGAAUGCUCUCUCGGCAGGCCUCAUGACUCUGCUGACCAGUGGCAUGAUCACCGGUUCCAUAAUUUUCAACAUGGAUCUGCAGCAUCAACCGUGGACCUUCGAUCACUCGGACAGCGUUGUCCUGGUAGCCUCGAUCAUCUUCUACGUGGCGGCCGUCAUCGGAACGCUAGCCGGGUACUUCCUCGUCGAUCGUUACGAGAAGAAACCUCUCUCUAAAGUCUACCUGGUACUCACGACCUUGGCCUGCAUUCUUCUCAUAAUCUAUCCGGAUAUUCUGGUGGUUGUAGCUUUUUCUCGCAGCCUGUUAGGCCUGGCACAUGGAAUGGCCUACAUGAUCGUCGUGAUCCACGGUGGCGAGAUUGUCAUCAAAGAUAUCCGUGGAAUGAACAUCUCCGCCGUUAGCUACUGCAUUAUGAUAGGAGCGCUGAGUCACGGGGCCAUCAGUCCUGGAGCGACCUACGAAGUGAUGGACCCUAAUCGGUUGGUUGGAAUCCUUGGACUGAUUUAUUCCGCAAUGGGAGGACUGAUGGCGCAGUUUCUAACGUACGAAUCACCGGUGUUCUUACUGCAACAAGGAUGCGAUGCGGAUGCAAUUAAGUCCAUGAUGAAGCUGAGAAACGAGUCAACCGAAACAUGGGACAUUCGGAACGAUUUGACCGAGUUCAAGACGAUGCUGGACGAGGAUAGGGAAACUUCACGAUCGAUCCUUAAAGAUGGGAAUGUGCGGCCUCUAGUGUUGUUGUCUCUGUGCAAGAUCGCGUCCGUUCUGUCGUUCAAUAUGGCACUGAAUUUGGUUCGGCUGCACUUGCUGGAUCAACUGUUCGGGCUCGAAGAAUACAGCAUGUCGGCGGUGGUGAUUCUCAUGGUGAGAAUCUUGCUCGGAAUGACAGCUUUUUUCUCGAUCGACAAAUUCGGACGGAAAGCGACCAUGAUCGCAUCAACGUUCGGCAGUGGGAUCAUUCUGACGAUCUUGGGAAUGAUCUACCUGAUUGCAUAUUCGGUCAACAGAGAUGUUGGGAUCGCCUUCGUACUGGCAUACGAAGUGUUCGCUUCGGCAGGAGUUGCCUUCGUCCCGGAUGUGUACUGUUCGGAAGCAUUCAGCACCAAGAAGAAAGCUGCGUCGAUCGGGGUGGUGCAGACGGUGGAGAAUGCACUGCAGAUUAUGAUCACUGCGAUUGUGUUCACGUGGGACUUCAAGAGCCUCGAUAGCUACGGUGGAGUGAUGAUGACUUGUGGAGUUCCGAUGCUAGUGUUGGCCGGUGUGUUCUACCGAUUUCUGCCGGAGACAACCAAAAUGACGAUUCGUCAGUCGCGAACCGAGUUCGCCAAGCGGGGUGAAAUCGUUUUCGGCGGGACCAAACGACCGAUGACGCAGUUGAAUGAAUAAAGUUUUAGAUCGCUGACUAUC